AUGGGCGUCUCCGCAUCUUCAGGGGGCAUAUCAAGCUGCAUGCUGCGGACGGUGACCCUAGCAAUGAGCAGGCAGAGCCUGGCAGUCCUGUUGCCUGGAGGGGUUUGCAUUGAUGGUUUCCGUGUUGGUGCCUUUCUGGAAGAGCCAGGUGUGAAGCAGAGACUCCUGGAGUCCCUUGUCCUGAUGGCAGCAGCAUCCUUGUGUGCAAAAAGUGAUAGUAAGGGCAAGUCGGUAAGUAUUCCAAGCUGCUUUGGCUACCCCUUGAGCAUCUUCUUCAUCAUCAUCAAUGAGUUCUGCGAGCGGUUCUCCUACUAUGGCAUGCGAGCGGUGCUCGUCUUGUAUUUCAAGUACUUCCUGCAAUGGGAUGACAACUUGGCUACAGCCAUCUACCACACAUUCGUUGCUCUGUGCUACUUGACACCCAUCCUCGGCGCGCUCAUUGCGGAUUCUUGGUUGGGAAAGUUUAAGACCAUUGUCUCCCUGUCCAUUGUCUAUACAAUUGGGCAGGCAGUCAUGUCUGUGAGCUCUGUGAAUGAUCUGACGGAUCACAACCAUGAUGGCUCUCCUGAUAAUUUAUCGGUGCAUAUUGCUCUGUCCAUGAUUGGCUUGAUCCUCAUUGCACUUGGUACUGGUGGGAUCAAACCUUGUGUGUCAGCAUUCGGUGGAGAUCAGUUUGAAGAUGAUCAGGAAAAACAAAGAACUAGAUUCUUCUCUAUCUUCUAUUUGUCCAUUAAUGCUGGAAGUCUCCUAUCUACUAUAAUCACCCCAAUUCUCAGAGCUCAGGAGUGUGGCAUUCACAGCAAACAGCGGUGCUACCCACUAGCUUUUGGAGUUCCUGCUGCCCUCAUGGCUAUCUCCUUGGUUGUGUUCAUAAUUGGAAGUGGAAUGUACAAGAAAGUUCAACCUCAAGGCAACAUCAUGAUUCAAGUUUUCAAAUGCAUUGGAUUUGCCAUCAAAAACCGGUUCCGGCAUCGCAGCAAGGAGUUCCCCAAGAGAGAACACUGGCUAGACUGGGCGAGUGAGAAGUAUGACAAACGACUGAUUGCUCAGACUAAGAUGGUACUGAAGGUGCUUUUCCUUUACAUCCCUCUUCCCAUGUUCUGGGCACUUUUUGACCAGCAGGGGUCAAGAUGGACACUGCAAGCCACAACAAUGGAUGGGAAUUUUGGAGCUAUUCAGAUUCAGCCAGACCAAAUGCAGACUGUCAAUCCAAUCCUGAUUAUUGUAAUGGUCCCAGUUGUAGAUGCUGUGAUUUAUCCUUUAAUCAAGAAAUGCAAGAUCAAUUUUACGCCCCUGAGGAAGAUCACUGUCGGUAUGUUCCUCGCAUCUUUGGCUUUUAUUGCUGCUGCCCUUGUGCAAGUGCAAAUAGACAAAACUCUUCCAGUUUUUCCUGCAGCUGGGCAAUCCCAAAUCAAAGUAACAAAUCUAGGUACCAAUGGUGCGACUGUUUGGUUUGAACCUCAACAUCAGAGCGUGAAUGUAACGUCUAGAGAGUCGACAAACUACUUGACAUUUGAGACUUCUAAGUUGAAAUCAUUAAAUGUAAUCUUUGGAGAUAAAACUGCAACUCAAGUGAUCAACUUGCCAGGGGGGAGCCGUCACACUCUUGAAGUUAAAAAUACUGCGACACACGUUGUUGCUCAAUUGCUGUUUGACAAUGUCACAUCGAAGCCAGAAGAAGGAAAUAAUCUCAUCAGGUAG